AUGUCCGAUACCACCAUCAUUUACAAAGAGCCAGUGCUCCAUGCACCCCUUUCCGAGUCCAAUCUCGCAAGCAUUAUAACAGACGCGGUUCAAGAGGAUUUCGCGGCGCACACAACCAUCCAACGAGUCUUAGAGCAUCUUCAGGCCAAAUCUUCUCUCCACAAGUUCUUGGUCACCGUAUCAGUGGUAGAAACGGCCGGAGCUAACGCAGCUGUCAAGACCUCGUUCGGUGCCGCCUGGGACGAAUCCAAGGAUGGGACAUACACACAGAAAGUGGAGUUAGCGGAAGCGGUAGCAAUUGUCACGGUUAACUGGAUAUACGUGGGGAAUUAAUGCUGCUAGGUGUUCAAGGAGCGAUACGGUUUACGAGUACAUAUGUAAGGGCGGUAGAUGACGAAUAAACACACGAAAGAAGGUAAUGAAAGGAGUUUAAAGUAAAUCAAGCUAAAGGCGUAUCGAUAUGCAUAGAAUAUCUUUCUUAGCUUCAAUUGUUUAACUAUAUGUCUCCUUCGAAGUCGGGCUACGCCUAGCCAUCCGAUUUAACGCAUAAGGAGAGCCAUCUAGUGCGGGAUAUUCCUUUGUCUAUAUCAGAAAUUC